GGGGGGGGGAGGUGUGAGGAGGGGGGGGGCUGAACCCCCGCCGCCCCCUCCCCGAGCGCGGAGCGGCCCCGGCGGCGCAAAAUGGCCACGGCUCUGCACAAACCCCUCAAAUGCCUGGGGGAGGAGUUUUACCGCGAGGCGCUGGAGCAUUGCCGCAGCUACAACCAGCGCUUGUGCGCCGAGCGCUCCCUGCGCCUGCCCUUCCUGGACGCGCAGACCGGCGUGGCCCAGAGCAACUCCUACAUCUGGAUGGAGAGAGCCCACCGGCGUCCUGGGCUGUCCCCAGGCCAGCUGUACUCGUACCCCGCCCGCUGCUGGCGCAAGAAGCGGCGCCUCAACAUCCUGGAGGCGCCCCGGCUGCGGCCCUACCUGGACGCCCCCCUGCGCAAGGAGGGGGCCGUGCCCGAGGGGCCGGUGCUGGAGGCGCUGCUGAGCGCGGAGCCCCCGGAGCGGGACCGGGACCGGGACCGGGACAGGGAUCGGGAUCGGGAACGGGAACGGGAGCGGGACAGGAAGGGCGGGGACGGCAGAGACGACGAGACCGCGCUGGAGGGACCGGUGGGGCUGCCUGUGUGUCUAAGCCCCUCCCCGGAGUUCCCGCACGACCCCGACGCGGGGGGGGAGGAGCUGGACGAGCUGGACCCCCGGCGCAAGAACAAAGCCAAGGGCAGGGCGCUGGGGCUGGUGAUGAAGAGGAGGGUGGAGUCGGUGCUGGAGGAGCGGGACAAGCCCUACGUGUGUGACAUCUGCGGGAAGCGCUACAAGAACCGGCCUGGGCUGAGCUAUCACUACACCCACACCCACCUGGCUGACGAGGAGGGCGAGGAGCCCGGGGCUAGUGGACCCCCACGGCGGGGCCAGCACCGGCAGUUUUACAAAGAGUUCAACUGGACCCCCGAAAACCAGCGCAGGAACUCAGGUAACCCCCACCCCAAACACCCCAAAAAUACCCCAAAAUACCCCAAAACCACCCCAAAAUACCCCCAAAAUACCCCCAAAACACCCAAAGGGGUGUCCCCAGCACAUUUUUCGGUGGUGUCCCCUUCAUUUUUAGGGGAUGUCCCCUCCUGCCCUGCCUCUGGGCCGCCCCCGAGGGUCCCUGCGACUUCUGCGCGGGGGACAAAACACCACGGGGCCGAAGAGCUGCUGAGCUGCGCUGACUGCGGGAGGGCAGGGCACCCGUCGUGCCUGCAGUUCACUCUGGCCAUGGCGGCGGCGGCGCGGACGUACCGGUGGCAGUGCAUCGAGUGCAAGUCCUGCAGCCUCUGUGGGACUGCUGAGAACGAUGAGCAGCUGCUGUUCUGUGACGACUGUGCGGGGUACCACAUGUAUGACCUGAGCCCCCCAUGGCUGAGCCCCCGAAG